AUGUCCAUGAAGGAAGUGGGUGAUGGCUUGCAGGACCAGAUGAACUGCAUGAUGGGCGCGCUGCAAGAACUGAAGCUCCUCCAGGUGCAGACAGCUUUGGAACAGCUGGAGAUCUCCGGAGGGAGUCCUGCCCCGGGCUGCCCGGAAAGCCCCCGGACGCAGCCCGAGCCCCCUCCAUGGGAGGGUGGCAGAGGUCCUGCCACGCCUGCAGCCUGCCCCAUCUCCAACCAACCUUCUCUUGGCGCCAAGUUUCCGUCCCAUAGCAGUGCCUGUGGGCAGGACCUGGCCCCCCUGCCCGGGGCACAGCGACCGGAGCAUCGAAGCGGUGCCCGGCAGGGGCCAGAGCUGGUGGAACCGGAAGACUGGACCUCCACCUUGAUGUCCCGGGGCCGGAACCGACAACCUCUGGUGCUAGGCGACAACGUUUUUGCAGACCUGGUGGGCAACUGGCUGGACUUGCCAGAAGUGGAGAAGGGUGGGGAGAAGGGGGAGGCGGGGGAGCCCAAAGGGGAGAGGGGCCAGCCCAGGGAGCUGGGCCGCAGGUUUGCCCUCACAGCGAACAUCUUUAGGAAGUUCUUGCGCAGUGUGCGGCCUGACCGAGACCGGCUGCUGAAGGAGAAGCCAGGCUGGGUGACGCCCACGGUCUCUGAGCCCAGAGCCGCCCGCUCACACAAGGUCAAGAAGCGGAGCCAUUCCAAGGGCUCUGGGCAUUUCCCCUUCCUGGGCACUGCAGAGCCCAGAAGGGGGGAACGUCCUUCCACAAGCUGCCCCAAGGCCCUGGAACCCUCACCUUCUGGCUUUGAUAUUAACACAGCUGUUUGGGUCUGAGUCCUAGAGACAGAACGUUGACUGAACCCAACAUGACCGGGUCCCAGUGCUGGGCCCUGGGAAGGAUGGGGUGUGGGCACUAUGGCUUUCAAAAGCCUAACUCUGAAUUCCUUUCCUCCAGAAAGGAGGGAGAAGCAGCAAGAGUGUCUGGAGCAGGGCUGACCAGUGUGUGGUUGAGAGAGGCUGUGGUGGGGGCUGGCUGGUGGGGAGGUGAGGGCUCCUGGGCUGAAAGAGAGACAUUGAGAGAGACAGUGGUGCUCACUUUGGGACUGCAGGUGACAAUGAGGGGCUGGGGGAGGAGACCAGGCAAUCCUGACAUUCCUUCAGGGCCCGCAAAGACUUCAGUUGAACAUUCUGUAUGGAUUAGGGCCCUGGGGUCUCAGGUUCCCCCAGAGAGGCCCCCGAUCUGGCCCCAACCUUAUAACCAUUGGCUUCCCUGGCAAGGCACUGCUCCAGACACAGGCAUGGAAACCCCAGCCCUCCUGGGAUCGGGGUCAGCAGAUUCCCACCCCCACUCCCUGUCGCCUUUAAGAUUUCAGCCCGUACCCGGGUCCUGAGACAUGGGCCGAAUAAGGAGUGUACCCAGGGGAGUACUUGAGAUAGCCCUAUGUCUUUUCAAAAGCACAGGAAAGAUAUCUGUAUAGCACUUUAAACGUUGGAAAGCCUUUUCAUGUCAUCUUCUGAGUAAGCAAGUAGGGCAGUUACCACCCCCAUCUCCCAGGUGAGGAAGCCGGCCUAGAUACGCCCCCUGCGGGCAGGAGGCAGACCAGAGCAGUGCAGCCCUGGAGUCACACGCGCUCCUUCCCCCCGCACCCCGCCUCCAGCACCGAACCCGCACCCCGGACACAAGCACACGGGCAUCCGCCGGCGCGGCGAAGGUGCGCCCAUUCGACGCGCGCACUCAUGUUUGGAUUCCCAGCCUCACCCCGCGGCCUCCCUCCCCGCUGGGCGCGGAGGCCCGUCUGGCCGGACCAGACCGGCGGCGGGGAAGGGGAAGGGCCGGGCGGGCAGCUCCGCUCCGAUCGCGCGGCGCCUAGAGCUUUCCUGGAGCGGCGCACGUGGCCGUCCCGCCCCGCAGGGAACGCCCGCUGGCUGGGAAGAGACAAUGCGGGUCCCUGUUUGGGCCCGGCCCCGCCCUGCAGGCCCUCCCCCUCUCCUCCCCUCGCCCCUCCCGGCUGAGCUCCCCUCCCGCCUGAUGGGGGGUGACAGCUGCAAUUAGACGCAAGCCGCCUUCCCGCCCUCGGAGCAUUAACAGCUAACUGGAGGAGAAGAAUAACAAGCGAGGCUCUUCCUGCAUCCUGGACCCCUGGAGACCAAGAUGGCGGAGGGAGGAGGCUUCGCGCGGCCCCUCCACAGCCGGAGGUGGGGCCAGUUAGGGUCACUCUCAGACCCCCGCUCAAUCACGUGGGAAAUGUUUAGUUCUUGGUGGCGGAAGCUACCAGACGAAAGGUGCUACUUCUAGGUAUUUUCUCCAGUGCUCGCUAUUUGCCAGGCAGUGUGCAGAAGCAUGCCUUCCAAACUUCAGAAUGACCCUACAAAGUACCAUCUUCCCGGUAAAUCAGUGGGGGCUCUUUAGGGGUCAGAGAGGCUGCCCAGAUCAGGCUUCUAGCUAAUGGAGGAGCCAGGAUUUGGAACAGGAUUGUCUGGCUGCAAAACGGCCUUUUCUCCUGUCCCCGGAGUUUGCUGGUAGAGCCAGCCCUUUUCUGGAGGAGCAAGUUCGCGCUCAUCCUUUCUGUCUCCCCGGGGAACUGAGGUAGUUCAGUGCGGGGUGAAGCCCCAUUGGCUGUGUCUGCCUUGCUGGGGGGCGGGGGGGGGGCGCGCGUGUGUGUGCGUGCGUGUGUGUGUGUGUGUGUGUGAGAGAGAGAGAGAGAGAGAGAGAGAGAGAGAAAAGGGUCCUCCCACUAGGCCGCGGUGAGGUCACCAAGCUUUCAAUCCGGAAUGAUUCCACAGGAAACCAAGUCCCCUCUUGGCCAUUCAUCUGUGACCCAUCUGUUCUGUGGACCGGCCAUGGCAAUCCGGACCAAGUGAACCAAACUUUAUUGCACACCUCCCAGUGCCAGGCACUGCGACAGGAACUCAAAACAGCAAGGAAAAGGACCCAGCUCCUGGCUCAAGGGGUUCAGUGAGAAGCAGCAACUCCUAACCCAUCGGUUGGCCAGAAGGGAUCCAAGGGAAUGAAAACUCAUUUUAACUCAGGCCAGAACAAAACAAUUAGGAGUGACAUUUGCCACCAACAGAACUCCCAGGCAUCAGGCGCCGCCAUCUUUGUGUUCUCAUUUCCUUCUCACCACACUCUGAAAGGGGCUGCUGAUCCCCUUACUUUACGUGGAGCCGCUCAGAGAAGGCAAGCAACUUGCCCAAGGUCACAGCGGCGGAGCUGGGAGUGAACUGGUCGCGAUAGACUCCCAGCCUGGUGCUUUGCACACUACCCCACAAAGUGUCCAUUUCUGCUCCAAAAGCCAAGUCAAGAGGAACAACAACAAAACCUGUCCUCCCCAUAUUAUCCAUGCAUGGAUAGUAAAUGGAAUGCUCACUGUCCGGUGGGGGAAUUUUGCCCUGGUCUUGACUGGGCUGGUGUAAUGCCCUCAUCACUAGGUCAUGCUUUGCUAAUGAAAGACUAUGGCCAGUUCAUUUACACACACACACACCACCACCACCACUAGUUUUUCCUUUUCCUUCUUUUUCUGGGCUUUUGUUGUGACAGGAUGGAGAGUGUAUUUCACUGAAGCUGAGGGGAGAGGUGAAUGGGAAUGCCUGGGGCCUAAGUGAUGCAGGAAAAGUGUAGGGGUGGGGAGCAGCAGGAUGAGGGGGAGGUAGUGGAAGUUAGCAGAGGGAAAUUGACAGCUUAAUUCUGCCCCUGGGGCUCAUUUUAUGGUUAAUUAGGACAUGCAAAUAAGCUGGAAGCUCAUUUAAUACUCUCCCUGGCAUGGAGCCCUGCCUCACACCUAGCCCACUUCCCUGGCAGGUACAGGGACCCCCUGAUUGGCCCAGGCAUCUGCCCAGGCCCCCACCUGCUUCUCUGUGGCUCUGUGGCCAGAGUGUGUCUCUAGAUGUUCCCCCACCAUAAGCAGGAGCUAGAAGAGUCCUUGCUGGGCCUGCCUGGUUUCCCUCCUUUCUUUCUCUUUCCAACCCUUCAGGACUGGGACCCCUCUUUCCCAGAGGGGCGUCCCCAAGCACCUCCCCUGCACCCACCCCUCAGGUUGAGAUCUGAACCCAAACUUGCCCAGAGGAACAGAGACCUGGUUCGGCUCUGUCCCCACGACAUCCCCCUUGCUCCCCGUCGGGGAGGGGGCACCCCAUCUUUCCCAAGUCACACCAUUUCCUACAGGGCCUCCAUAAAAGCAAAAGCACAGCUUGUGACUUUGGGUAGCAGGGGCCUGUCUCCAGCUUUCAACGCACCUCAGGUCACCCCCCACCUUCUCCACCCAGAGCAGUUAAGGCACUUCUGCCAGUACAAUGGAAUGCGCACUGGAUUAGGAGUCCUCCAGGAUCUGAGACCCAUUUCUGUCCCUGUCAGCUUGAGUAUGUCGCUUGACCUCUCUGAGCCUCAUUUUUCUUGUCUUACAUGGGGAUAAUGCAGGGCUGCUGGAGCUUUGAAGGACGUCAUGCACACCAUGUAGACACAGCAGAAGCUCUCUACUGGGUCACCUGACCUUCGGUUCAGGCACUAACCAUGUGAACCAGAGCGAAACUGCUAGAAAAUAACAAAAACUUUCACUGGGGCUUGGUUUCCUCUUCUGUUAAAAAAAAUGUAUACUGGCCCUAUUACCUCACCAGACUGUAGCAAGGAUCAGAGAAGACAAUAGGUUUCUCUAUUGUCUUCUACUGUCUUCUCUGCAAUGUUUUUGUACAUGGUAAAAAUAUAACCCAGGUGGGCUGUUACUUGCGAAAUGGCAAAGUUUACACUUUCUCAUAGAGGAUGACGUGUGUUGGGGGGGGGUGGGUAUGGAGAGAGCAGCAGGGGGGCUGAGCGCAGAAAUGGUGCUUGAGGACCCCAGUGCCUGAGGAUGUGCUCUAGGGAACACUGCCACCCGUCUGUCCCUCACAGUCCCUCUGUCCCCAGCUGGCCCUCACAGUCAACCCCCGGGCCCUCACAUUCCUGGCAAGGACUGGAGAGUUGAAUGAGCCAAGUUCUGAAGGCUUUGAGAAGAGUCCAGCCCCUGAUCUGCUCUCUGCUCUUUAAGGCCUUGGUCCCUAGAGUCCCUGCUAAGCUCCACACCUCACCCCCUACCAUCCCCCCAGUCACCCUGGGGACUAAUGGCCUAAAGAUGCUAGUGGCUGUCCUGCUAGGAUCCACUCCCCCCGAUGGGGCUGGAGGUGCCCUGAAACCCUCUCUCACAGGAGGUCUCGGGGCCCAGGAUGGUGCAGAUGGAGGAAGGGCCUAGGAGAUCCAGGGCACAAGGCAAGAUAAGCACCUCAGACUGUAGUUACCCCCUUGGUACUAUUUUUCUUUUUUUACUUUUAUUUUCAAACUAUGCUUUACACCCAACGUGGGGUUUGAACUCAGGACCCUGAGAUCCAGAGUCGCAUGCUGUACUGACUGAGCCAGUCGGGCGUCCCAGACAGCAGUCACCCCCCUGGUACUAUUAUUAGGAUGUUCCUGCCUCCCUCUUACUUCCUCUACCCAAUCCUUAGAACAAAGAGGAUGAAGAGAACUCUCCCAGAUUCACUCUGAAUUUGACAAAGGACUUAGAACCUGCUUCUCUGCCCGUGCUCUUCAAUCCGUCUGGACACGCCCACUGCCCACCACCUCCAAGCUUCAGGUGUACCCCACCCCCAAUUCUGCCACAUGCGCACACAGGGGUCACGGUGAAGUCAGCCUUGCCUGAAACAUCCCUGGGUCCACAUUCUAUCCCCUCCUGAGCCCUCCUCUUUCUUCCUCCCCCUUCCUUCCUUUCUUUUAGGGUCCCCCCGCCCCGCCCUGGUCUCUCCAAAGUCAUCUUUGAGUUUCUGGUCAGAGAGAGGCCCCUGAGGAACACUGAGGCAGGGAGCCCUCCUGGGGGUGCCUACCCCUCAACACAGUGCUUGGGGCAAUCAUAAUCUGACAAGGGACUGCCAUACUUGUUUGUGCUGCCUCUUGGCGGGGCCCCGGGUGCGGGAGGGAGUAGGAUCUCCAGCUCCAUAUACUAAGGCCUCAGGCCGCAGCUGCUGCACUCCCUGGCUUCCACUCCACAGAAUCCAUUCUCUCUGGAUCUGCCCCUCUGGGCAUGGCGCCCAAGAUGACCGCCCCAUUCCAGGGAUCUAGGAAUCCCUGCCAAAAAUCACCUCUCGCAUGCUCGGCACCUCCACCCUCUCCUGCCCAUGACCCAGCUCUGGGCUGUCCUCCCUGCCCCUCUUCCUGCCCUCUCCAGUCCCAGAAAGAAGCCCCCUGGCAGCCUCCAACUGGUCAGGGAGGGGGGCUUCAGACACAGCAGAUGCCACCAACUGAGGCUACCUGGUGGCUCUCAGGGGCACUGCUUGUUGGGGGGUGGGGGGGAGGUGUCUCCCUCCAAGGGAAGAGUCCGGUUUUGUUUUCUGGUUUCUGGCUCUGCUGUCACCCCGUCUGGCCGCUUUCCCGUUCCUCCCGUGCCUCUCCCUUAGCCCCCUUCCUCUUCUCCUCCUGACUGGAGGCUGCAUCUGCAAGGAAAUGCUGCCCCUCGGCGGGGAGCACAGGGGACGGGAAGGAAAGGUCUUCAGGUUCUGUGACUUCAUCCUCACCUGGCCUCACUGUUCUAGGUGUCUGGAGGCCCCGCCCUGCCCACUCAGACCCUGGGGGACUUGCUUCUUUAUCCUCCAGGGAGGUGUGUUACUGAGCACUGCAAGCGUGGGCUCUUUGCCCCUAGGUCUUUCCAUGGGCUGUUCUCGGAGACUCCAGGUUCCUCAAGGCCCCAGACUGGCUUUUUACUCAGCUUUCGCUGCAGUUUAAAGGGCACCUCCUCUGAGAAGCCCUCUCCAGGGGCCUCACUUGUGCCCGUAUACCGAACCACAGGACCCACUUUCAAAUCGCUCCCGUGCAUGUUCAUCUAGAUCGUGAGCCCCUCUGGGGUGGCAAGUACUCAUUACGCAUUUCUGUAUCUUGGUGUGACUGUGACCUCUCCUCGUUGUCAGGGUGAGCCCUCUGCCCAGCCCAGCUCCUGCAUCAGGAAGGCCAGCAGUCAAGGCCUCCUCAGCUGCUCCCAAGGCCCACUUUCUGGACAGCUGACAAGCUCCUUCCUGGCCCCGUCUCCAAGCUGUGGUGCGGUCCCCUCUGCGCCACCUGGUACUUUGGCUUACUCCACCCUCGCUUCCCAGGUCAGUUCUGUUCUCCUGCAGGCUGCCUGGGGGCCCCAGUGUCCUCGGGCCGCCCAGAGCUCAGGCCCUUCAGAUGGCCACCACAGCCGCUUCUCUCCCAGGCUGGCUCCGUCCCAAAUGGGUCCCCAUUUCCAGCCCAGAGGACAUCGCUUUUACCCCAGCCUCCAAAUUGUCCCCCUUUCUGCCUGCGCCCUCUACACCGGUCUUGCUGACCUGGCUCAUCUCCUUGUCCAUUCUGGCAACGACCUCUGGCUCCAGACUUACUCUCCCCGAGGAGUUUUUCCUAACCUGCCUUGCCAGGGAUCCCCACCCCUCCUGGGGACAUUGAGUCUGCUAGAUUCUCCUUCCCCCAUUGUGAUUAUGGAGGGUUAGGCAGGGCGGGGCAACGGGGAAGGAAGUUGAGAGUUGGGUGUUCGGGCUUCCCUACCUCCAGCCCCGCUACUGGCCACACUCCAGGCAUUGUCUCCGGCGGAGGGGGGGACCGAGCUGCCCACAAGGCCAAAUUUGUAGUCAUUUGUGUAAAGUGGUGGGAAAGGGGAGGGUAUCAGGCAUGAAUUUAUUUUUUAAAGCAAAAAAAAAACAAAACCAAAACCCAAAAAAACCCAACAGAGAUUCUUCCCAAUGGGCCAAGUGCAGCACCUGAAAUCCCUACAUGGACUCAGGCUGGGAACGUGGGCCUAGAAGGGCCAGCAGGCCUGCGAGCACUCGCUCAAAGCCUGCCACGCACACUGCCACGGCGCAGGGGCGGCCCAGGGAGCCUGCUCAUUACCACAGGGAGCACUGGGCCAGACUGACUUAGGCAGGUCUUAGAAUCCCUAGUCUGAGGUUCCAAGCAUCUUUUGAGAUAAGUCCAUUUAUAUAGCAGAAAAUAAGGGGGUAGGCUCUGCAUCUGAGAUUUCAAGGGCCCAGAGAAUUCCAAAUCCUCUGGCCUUGGCUUCAGGACCCUGCCAGGAGUUCGGGGAUCAAGUAUCUUUAAACUUCUCCCUUAAAGGUAUCCUUUCCCAAGAAAGGCAGAGCUCAGAACCUGUCCCACAAUUCCAUGCCCUAGUUUUCCCAACUGGGAAGGCUUAGCAUCCCCUUAAUCCCGGCAGCCCCUUCAAAUUGCUCAACCCACCCAACUGGGGACACUGGUGAUGCGACAGGAGCUACAGUGUGGCCUGUGCCUUCCCUCUCACCCACAAGGGAAGGCCUGGAUGACGGGACCUUGGUGGGGAAGCUCGCAGCUACGCAACAGAGUGAAUUCAGGAAAAGAGCCCCCUUCCUAGACUUCCCGAUCACUGGUGGGUGCCGAGGCAAGGGCUGAGAGGGCCAGAGGCUGCGGUCUCCCACUGUGAGCUAACAGCAGGGGGAGGAAAACUUGGGAGGGUGUGAGGGUGGAACCCAGAGUUGCUGCAUGCCCCCAAGGUGCCAAAAGGCCCAAGGGGAGCAGAAUCGUGUCAGAUAGAGUGGAGCAGCAGUUAAUAAGGGAGAUUUUUCUCUUCAAUCCGA